AUGAGCUAUCAAAAGUCUCAAGGCGCCGUCAGUGCGGCGCCUGCUGCUGGUAUUGAACAAGGAUACACUCAAUGUGCAUCGCAUCCUCCGUACCAGAAGCUGCAGCCGCAGCAUCAGUAUUCCCGCUACCAGCAGCAGCCGCGGUACGACCCUCACCACCAGCAUGUGUACUACCAGCAGCAAUGUCAUGGGGGCCCCCCCAACGGAGCAACCAAACAGCCAGCAGCAGUAGCCGCUGAUUCCCCCUCCCCCUGUAGCUCGACUCAGCAGCCGCCGCGGACUGUACAGCCUCCCGCGUCGCAGCAUCAGCACAGACACCAGGAACACGAGCAGCAGCGGAAGAACCCUCACGCGGUCAAACCCACCCGCAUGCCUCAUCCUUUGACAGAUUGGCAGUUGCCAGAACGAUAUGAAUUGCAUCAUCUCAUCGGAACUGGGUCUUACGGUCACGUAUGUGAGGUGUACGACAAGCAGGAGCAGCGGAUUGUGGCGAUUAAGAAGAUCCAUCGCGUCUUUGAAGACUUGAUUGACUGCAAAAGGAUUCUGAGGGAAAUUGCGAUCUUAAACAGACUAAAUCACGACCACAUCGUUAAAAUUUUGGACAUUCUCGUUCCCAACGACCUCGAGAAAUUUGAUGAGAUGUACGUCGUCUUAGAGAUUGCGGAUUCGGAUUUCAAGAAGUUGUUUCGAGCGCCUGUCUAUUUGACGGAGCUGCACAUUAAAACGCUUCUAUACAAUCUGCUCGUCGGAGUUAAAUAUGUACACUCCGCGGGGAUUCUUCAUCGUGAUCUGAAGCCAGCGAACUGCCUAGUAAAUCAGGACUGCAGCGUGAAGGUGUGCGAUUUCGGGUUGGCUCGGACAAUGGAUUUCCCUGAGAGGCAAAACAGCCACUGCCCCGUCACGCAGCAGCACGACGACAUCGUCAGUGUGUCCCACACCAAGAACCUCAAAAGACAACUCACGGGCCAUGUUGUUACCCGAGCGCCUGAGUUGAUAUUGUUGGCGGAAAACUACACUGAGGCCAUCGAUGUGUGGUCUAUCGGCUGCAUUUUCUCGGAGUUGCUGUCCAUGAUUGAAGAAAACGUGGAGUCGCACUGCGACAGGGGUCCCCUCUUUCCGGGUUCCUCUUGCUUUCCACUAUCCCCCGACCAGAAAAACGGGGAUGACUCACGGCUGCAGACGCGCGGCAACAAAGAUCAGUUAAAUGUGAUAUUCAACGUUUUGGGAACACCGACCGAAGAAGAGAUCGAAGCUCUGGAGUCCAACGAAGCCAAACAAUACAUACGCACAUUCCCACCCAAGGAGGCUCACGACCUGGCUGAACGCUUUUCCGCUUCUUCCCCUGAAGCACUGAAUUUGCUGAAGCGGAUGUUGGUCUUUAAUCCCAAAAGACGCAUAUCGGUGGACGAGUGUUUGGCGCACCCGUUCUUCAAAGAAGUGCGAAACCCCGCCAUCGAGGUCACAGCCAACGAAAAAGUGCGGCUUCCCUUCAACGACUGGGCCAAUAUGGAUGAGCCUCAGCUGCGUCUCGGCUUCCUGCGGGAAAUGCAAAGAUUUCAUCCGAACCUGCAGCUGCCGAAGACUCUGCUAGAACGCGCAAAGAUGUGCUCCUGA